CUGUCGGAGCUCGUUCUAGUGCUGCUGUAGCGAGACGUCCCGCAACAGAAAACCUGCACCAAAGAAUGUGGAUAAACCUGUUAUAAGACAACACAAACACUCGUCCCAACGUCAGAAGAUGGAAGUGCAGGAUCAAGAGUCUUUGGGCAGAUGGGAUGGACUGGGGAGUCGGGAUGCCAGCUCCAGAACUGAAGCCAUGGAGAACAUCUGCCAGGAGGUUCUGAGGAAAGCGGAGGCUAUUGGGCCCAUACCAACGUCGCCCCCCUCGUCCCUGGCCUCAGGCAGCCCACCUAACAGUGACCUCAACGACAUCCUUGCUCAUCUGCUCAUGCUUUCCAGACGUUGUCCCUUUGAAGACGUCAAGAAGAGCUGCAUUCGGCUUCUACAGACUGUCCAGGACUUGGGAGUAAGGAUCCCAAGACCCUUAGGUAACGGACCAAGCAGAUUUAUCCCAGAAAAAGAGAUUCUUCAAGUCAGUAAAGUGGACACCAGGACACAGUCAAUAUUUGAGGAUGCAUUUGCAGCCCUCGGUCGCCUGGACAACAUUUCUCUGGUCAUGGGCUUCCACCCACAGUACCUGGAGAGUUUCCUCCGGACACAGCACUACCUGCUGCAGAUGGACGGACCCUUACCUUUGCACUACCGACACUACAUCGGCAUCAUGGCGGCAGCUAGACACCAGUGCUCCUAUUUGGUCAACCUGCACGUGAACGACUUCCUCCAGGUGGGUGGAGAUCUGAAGUGGCUGAACGGCCUGGAUGAAGCACCGCAGAAGCUCCAGCAGCUCGGAGAGCUCAAUAAAAUCCUGGCCCACCGACCCUGGCUUCUCACUAAGGAACACAUCGAGCGGUUUCUGAAGGCAGAGGAGCACAGCUGGUCCCUCGCAGAGCUGAUCCACGCAGUGGUCCUCCUCACACACUACCACUCCCUUGCUUCGUUCACAUUCGGCUGCGGCAUCAUGCCUGAGAUCCACUGCGACGGCGGACACACCUUCAGACCCCCCUCCCUUAGCCAGUACUGUGUGUGUGAUAUUGCUAACGGCAACAGUCACGCCACUCACCAUGACAAUCUGUUUGGUAACCAGGAGGUGAAUGGUGAGGUGGAGGUGCUGAUGGAGCGCAUGAAGCAGCUGCAGGAGUGCCGUGAUGACGAGGAGGCCAGCCAGGAGGAGAUGGCGACUCGUUUUGAACGUGAGAAGACGGAGAGCAUGCUGGUGGUCACUGCAGAGGAGGAGGAGUGCGUCCCCUCGAGAGACAUCUCCCGGCACUUUGAGGACCCCAGCUACGGCUACAAGGACUUCUCCAGGAGGGGGGAGCAUGUGCCCACGUUCAGAGUGCAGGAUUACAGCUGGGAGGAUCAUGGCUUCUCUUUGGUCAACCGACUGUAUCCUGAUGUCGGUCAGAUGCUGGACGAGAAGUUCCAGAUGGCCUACAACCUGACCUACAACACCAUGGCAACACACAAGGAUGUGGAUACGAGUAUGCUGCGUCGAGCCAUCUGGAACUACAUUCACUGCAUGUUUGGCAUCAGGUAUGACGACUAUGAUUAUGGAGAGAUAAACCAGCUCUUGGAUCGCAGCUUUAAGAUCUACAUCAAGACCAUGGUGUGUAGUCCUGAGAAGACCACCAAACGAAUGUAUGAGAGUUUUUGGAGGCAGUUCCAGCACUCUGAGAAGGUCCACGUUAAUCUGCUUCUUAUGGAAGCGCGAAUGCAAGCUGAACUUCUAUACGCUCUGAGAGCGAUCACCCGCUACAUGACAUGAAGUGCUUUCAACGUUUUUAUUGUUGUCUUUUUACUGUCGUCGUCGCUGUCGCUCAUUGGGACACAUCAUGAAAGUUAAAAAGAGAGCAGGGUUUUUUUUGAAAAACACAAAACAAAAAAAACAGAAUACUGUCCUGAGUUGUCACAGUGCUUGUUGGGUGGAUGUUGAGAAGAGGAUCAGAACAAA